AAGCGAUAAUUGAUUGGGUAAUAUCAUUCAGCAAAUAGUCUUCAUUUAUUUAACAUUACUGAAAUUAAACAAGAAGACUAUAUAACGAUGAAAAUCUUCUACUUGUUAGGUUUUGUAGGCAUAGUGUCUACUGCAGUUAUUCCUUUUGAUGGAUUAAGGCAACAGAAUUCUACAACGAAUGCAAUUAGCGAACCAGACUCAUCAAAUCUGGAUACGACCAUCUUUAAUGAUGAAGGCUAUAAAUACAAAACUGUUCGUAGACUUAAAUAUAGACUGCGUAGAGAUGUAAGUCAAUUGGAUAAUGACUACUUGCCACCAGUUGAAGAAUCGCAAGAGAAAUCAACUAAAGAUGUUUCAGAGAUUGCCAAUGAAUAUUUGCCUCCUGCUGAAGAAGAAACCACUGAAGCUAAUGUCGAAGUGAAAUCUGUUGAGGAACCUGAGGAAUCCGCUGUUUUAGGAGAAAAUGGUUAUGAGUACAGAACUGUUCGUCGUUUGAAGUAUCGUCAGCGUCGUGAUGUUUCAGAGAUUGCCAAUGAAUAUUUGCCUCCUGCUGAAGAAGAAAAUACCGAAGCUGCUGCUGAAUUGAAAUCUGUUGAGGAACCUGAGGACUCCGCUGUUUUGGGUGACAAUGGCUACGAAUACAAAACUGUUCGUCGUUUGAAGUAUCGUCAACGUCGCGAUGUUUCAGAGAUUGCCAAUGAAUAUUCGCCUCCUGCUGAAGAAGAAACCACCGAAGCUGUAGCUGAAUUGAAAUCUGUAGAAGAACCUGAGGACUCUGCUCUUUUGGGUGACAAUGGCUACGAAUACAGAACUGUACGUCGUUUGAAGUAUCGUCAACGUCGUGAUGUUUCAGAGAUUGCCAACGAAUACUUGCCUCCUGCUGAAGAAGAAACCACCGAAGCUGUAGCUGAAUCGAAAUCUGUGGAGGAACCUGAGGACUCUGCUGUUUUGGGUGACAAUGGCUACGAAUACAAAACUGUUCGUCGUUUGAAGUAUCGUCAACGUCGUGAUGUUUCAGAGAUUGCUAAUGAAUAUUUGCCUCCUGCUGAAGAAGAAACUACCGAAGCAGCUGCUGAAUUGAAAUCUGUUGAGGAACCUCAAGACUCCGCUGUUUUAGGUGACAAUGGCUACGAAUACAGAACUGUACGUCGUUUGAAGUAUCGUCAACGUCGUGAUGUUUCAGAGAUUGCCAACGAAUAUUUGCCUCCUGCUGAAAAAGAAACCACCGAAGCUGUAGCUGAACUGAAAACUGUAGAAGAAUCUGAGGACUCCGCUGUUUUGGGUGACAAUGGCUACGAAUACAGAACUGUACGUCGUUUGAAGUAUCGUCAACGUCGUGAUGUUUCAGAGAUUUCCAAUGAAUAUUUGCCUCCUGCUGAAGAAGAAACCACCGAAGCUGUAGCUGAAUUGAAUUCUGUGGAGGAACCUGAGGACUCCGCUCUUUUGGGUGAUAAUGGAUACGAAUACAGAACUGUACAUCGUUUGAAGUAUCGUCAACGUCGUGAUGUUUCAGAGAUUGCCAAUGAAUAUUUGCCUCCUGUUGAAGAAGAAACCACCGAAACUGUUCCUGAAUUGAAAUCUCUUGAGGAACCUGAGGACUCCGCUCUUUUGGGUGACAAUGGCUACGAAUACAGAACUGUACGUCGUUUGAAGUAUCGUCAACGUCGUGAUGUUUCAGAGAUUGCCAACGAAUACUUGCCUCCUGCUGAAGAAGAAACCACCGAAGCUGUGGCGGAAUUGAAAUCUGUAGAGGAACCUAAAGACUCUGCUGUUUUGGGUGACAAUGGCUACGAAUACAGAACUGUACGUCGUUUGAAGUAUCGUCAACGUCGUGAUGUUUCAGAGAUUGCCAACGAAUACUUGCCUCCUGCUGAAGAAGAAACCACCAAAGCUGUUGCUGAAUUGAAAUCUGUAGAGGAACCUGAAGAGACUGCUGCUUUGGGUGACAAUGGCUACGAAUACAGAACUGUUCGUCGUUUGAAGUAUCGUCAACGUCGUGAUGUUUCCGAAAUUGCUAACGAAUACUUGCCUCCUGCUGUGGAAGCUAUCACUGCUGGGCAAUCUGAGGAUUCCACAGUUUUAGGAGAGAAUGGCUAUGAGUAUAAAACUGUACGUCGCUUAAAGUACUAACUUAGCACAUAUAUUAGUGAAAUUUUAAUUUAGGUCUUUUUUCUUUUGUCAUUGAUUUGUUAUUGUUAAAUAAAGUUA